UAACUUAGUGGAUGUGAUAACUAGUAGUAAAUCCCUUUGAAAGAUUGAUUAACGUUAUGAUGCAGCUUGUGGUGUUGUGCAUAUAACGAAGUACUAAUGUUCCAUCUUAAAUACUAAAUACAUUGUCCAUCAUCUCUCACGAUGGAGAUUUUGCGGGAUGAUGAAGAACAAGAGCUCAAAUAUAAACGUACGGGUCGUUUGGACAUGAGCCAUGGUUUCUUACACCACAUUCGAAGGAACCAGAUUGCCAGAGAUGACUAUGAUAAGCAGGUAAAGCAGGCCAAUGAGCGUCAGAGGGCCAGGCUCACCACUACCCCCCGACGCCCCCGCCGGCCAGAUAUCCAAGUGUACCAUCCUCGACGUGGAAAUGGAUCUGAGCCAGGAGUGGGUGCAGAGACUGAAGAGUGGAAUGAGAGUGGGUCGAGUACAGAGCCAGAGACCCAUGGAACUGAACUCUUCUGGCUGGACUACCAGGCUGACUCUGGCUGUGUCACCUCCUUCAUUGUACACAAGGAGGACAAGCCAGAGAGGGUUGUGGAGCGUGUAGCAGAGAAGAAUGUUCUGGACUCAGCCAUGAGGGUGGCACUGCAGGCCCGGGUUCGAAAGGAAAUGGAUAAACGUCUGGACAAACGCUGAAGGAAGUGAAUGACGUUAACAGUGAUGAGAGGGGUGAGGAGGAGUCAGAGGCCUCUGUUUACCCUCCAGCCAACCAUCUUCCUGUAUGUAAGGAAUGCUAGUAGCAGAGGACUACUGUGGACCCACAUUCUGAGAGACUGUUAACCAGGAUCUGAAUGACGUCACACAGCCACGCCGUCCCCUCUGUGCUAGGGUACAGCCAUGGGGAAAAGACUGACUUACAGAAGGGUAAAAAUGGAGCCGUCCUCACAUCUCUUGUAUUGGGCUGGCAUCUCUGACCCUGGGUCAUGUCUGUAAGGGGCCCUGUGAAACUGCCGUUGUCUUGUGGUUGAAUGGACCAUUGGCUGUCAACCUGCUCCAAAGGACAGAGCUGAGAACAUGGGCCCCUAUCUGAGCCACACCAGGGUAAGGCUGGGCAGUAUACCAUAUUUAACAAUAUACCGGUAUUGACACACGGACUGGUUUGGGGUUUUACUUUACCUUCUGCAUGGUCAAUGCAGCACAUACAACAAUGGUGAUGACAACAAUGCUGUUUUCAUUUAGCUUCUUAAUAUAAAUCUACAAGCAUUCUAUAAUUAGUUUCUGUUUGUUACAUCUGUAAACCUCUAGUUCGACUUGUUUUAGCAAGUUGGGCCUAAAUCCUGUUAGCUACUAAUGCUAAUUGCUAGCUAGCUAAUAAAUGUACUGAAUCAGAGCAAACGGAAUUAGCUAUACAGCCUGAUAAUACCAGUGAUAGUGUAGACCUAAAACGGCAUGUUUGUGCAACAGUAUCUUCUAAAUCAAAGAAGAAGCAAGAAUGUUAGCUACAUGAAGAAGUUAAGAGAAAACAUUCAAUGUAGCCACAGAUUGAACAGUCCCCUAGAAACACUUAUCAACACUUUUGUUCCUAGUUCCUACCCUGUCGCAAUAACUCGUCCCUGGCAUUUAUUCAUUGUCAUGUCAAACACUGUAUUCAAAGUGCCAACUAUUAUUCUAUUCUAUUAUUCUAUACUAUUAACUAUAGAAUUAGAAUAAUCAUUCUAUUUCCAUAAUUCCAACAGUUCACCCAAGUGUU